UCCACACCACGUGGAAUUGCGUAGGCGACGGAAGCAGAAAGACAAGAAGGACGUUUUUAACAAAGUCUGCCAAGGCUUUCACCAAUUUAGCAAAGAGGCUUCCAUUCUAGGCAAUGGACUCCCUCGCCUUCUCUUCCUAUCUUCCUCGUCUUUAAUCUCUAUGAUAUCAUUUCCUUGUUCUGCUUUUUCUCUUGAGAGAGAGUGCGAGAAGAAGAGAGAGCAGAAAAAAUCUACCAUACCUUUAAUUUCUUUAUACACAACAACAAACAUGGCUCGAGGCAAGAUCCAGAUCAAGAGGAUUGAAAAUACCACCAACCGUCAGGUCACCUACUCCAAAAGACGAAACGGUCUCUUCAAGAAGGCCAAUGAGCUCACUGUUCUCUGCGACGCCAAGGUUUCCAUUAUUAUGUUCUCCAGCAGUACCGGCAAACUCCAUGAGUACAUCAGCCCCUCCAUCACAACGAAGGAAUUCUUCGAUCAGUACCAAAAGACCGUAGGGAUUGAUCUAUGGAGCUCCCACUACGAGAAUAUGUUAGAGAACCUGAAGAAGCUGAAAGAAGUGAACAAGAAUCUUCGUAGAGAUAUUAGGCAGAGGAUGGGGGACUGCUUGGAUGGUCUGAGCAUGGAUGACCUGAACCUACUUGAAGAAGAAAUGGAACAGGCCACCAAGGUCAUUCGUGAGCGGAAGUAUAAGGUGCUUACAAAUCAGAUCGACACUCAGAGGAAGAAGUACAAUAACGAGAGAGAAGUACAUGGCAGACUCCUACGUGACUUAGAGGCAAGAGCAGAAGAUCCACGUUUUGGAUUAAUAGAAAACCCAGUGGAGUAUGAUGCUGUGAUGGGAUUCUCCAAUAUAGGUCCUCGCAUGUUUGCAUUAAGCCUUCAGCCUAGUCACCCCAAUCCGCAUUCCGGAGCGACAGGCUCAGAUCUUACCACUUAUCCUUUGCUUUUCUAGCUCCACAUCGUUAUUAGCUUUGCUCAAACCUGCCAGAUUUAUUUUCCAAUAAAUUAGACAUGCAGUGAAUGUUACUACGUUGCAUGUUCACUGUUUAAAAUAUACAUGUUACGUUGCUAUCCUAAGACCGUAAUUGAUUGUAAUUUUGCAUCCCCAAACAAAAGUGUAUGUUUACCUGAACCGUAAUUCGACUGUUUGUUUAGCGGAAUUGA